CUUACGUUCUUGAAGAUUUCUCAUCUUUUCCUCUCUUGACUAUUGAGUCUUCCCUAGAGGCUUUUUCAGUAUUCUUUUCUAAUUCCUUCAACUCUUCUUCUUCUUCUCUCCUUCCUCCAAUACAUAUUUUUCUGGUUCAAAGCUUCAACUUUCAAGCACUACCAUUUUUGAGUUUUAACACAACUACCCACACCCACCUGUUAAACAUCUUUGCAUGAUCGGAUUCUUAAGCACCCACCACUCCAUUCAUUCCUCUGCUAUAUCACCCGCUUCUUCUCUCCUUCUCUCCAUAUAUGUGUUUGUGUUAUUGGCAUGGAAUCUAUAAUGGGUCCCGCCCUUACGAAUUUUGUUUCGUUUGUUUGAUUUUGGUUCGCUGACGUUGGUAGGCAUCUCUGAACUUCCAAUUCCUUGGGUCUUGGAGUUUCGAUGGGACCAGUGAGAGGGUUCAAGAAGAGGAGGAAGGUUGAGAAGAAGUUCGAGCAAAACGCUUCUGCGUCUUCGGAACAAGAGGAGCGUGCCGAUUGGUGGGACGAGUUCUCCAGGAGGAUUGCUGGGCCCUUGUCUCUAUCAAAGGGUUUGGAUAAAUUUGAGUCUGUCUUCAAGAUCUCAAGAAAGACCUUUAAUUACAUCUGCUCACUUGUGAAGGACGAGUUGACAUCUAAGCCAUCAAACUUCACUUGGACAAAUGGCAAGCCCCUCUCUAUAAAUGACCAGGUUGCUGUCGCUCUACGAAGGUUAAGCUCUGGUGAGUCACUGUUGACAAUUGGUGAGUCAUUUGGAAUGAAUCAUUCAGCUGUUUCCCAAGUGACCUGGCGGUUUGUGGAGGCCAUGGAAGAGAGAGGGCUUCACCACCUCCAGUGGCCUGCCACAGAAGAGGAGAUGACACAGCUAAAAUCCAAGUUUGAGAGGAUCCGGGGCCUUCCAAACUGUUGUGGUGCAAUUGAUACCACUCACAUCAUGAUGUGUUCGCCUACAGUAGACCCCACAAAUGAUGUGUGGUAUGAUCGUGAGAAGAAUCACAGCAUGGUCUUGCAGGCAAUUGUUGACCCUGAAAUGAGGUUCAGGGACAUUGUGACUGGAUGGCCAGGAAGCAUGAGUGACUCCCUUGUGCUACGCAGUUCAGGCUUUUUCAAUCUUUGUGAAAAAGGGAAGAGGCUAAAUGGGAAGCAGAUUGAACUGUCCAAAGGUUCAGAAGUAAGGGAAUACAUAAUUGGAGAUGCAGGGUUCCCCCUUCUACCCUGGCUUGUCGUGCCCUAUCAGGGGAAAGAGCUUUCUGAGACCAGGGCUGAGUUCAACAAGCGUCUCUUUGCAACAAGGAUGGUGGCGCAGAGGGCCUUGGCAAGGUUGAAGGAGAUGUGGAGGAUCAUUCAAGGAGUGAUGUGGAGACCAGACAAGAAUAAAUUACCAAGGAUUAUUCUUGUUUGUUGCUUGCUGCACAACAUUGUGAUCGAUCUAGAGGAUGAGGUACAGGACGAGAUGCCCUUGUCUCAUCACCACGACUCUGGUUAUCGGCAGCAGAUUUGCGAACCAGUCGACAAGCAUUUGUCAAUCCUGAGAGACAAUCUGUCUCUCUACUUGUCUGGAAGAUUACCAUCUUGAAACACAAGCCAUCUCAGAUGCUUGCCAAGAGACGAUGUUCGAAUGAUCAGUGAACUCAUUGAUCAUGGUUGAAUUUCCUAGUUAAAAUUGUUAGUUUAGUUGUUUUUACAGGAGUAUUUGUGACAAAAAUCUGGCAGUUAUUGAAGGUCAUAUUUCCUUUCCCAAUUCCAGUGUACAGAAUCAAGAUGGGGACAGUAGAUUGCAUGGAUCAUUCAGCAGUUCAGAAGGCAAUGUGAGAACCAGAUCUUUCUCCAGAUACACAUACUGAACUACAACAUGGAAUAUCAAGCUUUUUUCCGCUUCUCCAGCAUGAUAUAGCUCACCUUAUAAUUUUUGUUCAUUGGGAUCUUCAUUCUUUAUUGCCUUCAUUGUCAUCUCUCUUUGUGCGGUAGUAUUUAACCAAAUUUGUGCUGGAAGAAGUGCUCGAUCUGGUCCUUGCAUAAACUCUGCUGCAUGCGCAGCAUUGCAGGUAAUCUCAAACUUGGACAUGGCUGAACAUUUGCCAGUGUACAGGCUAGAAUGUAGAUUUUGUCAAUAGUUAUGUUGGGAUAGUUUUUGCAAAUGUUUUUGGGCAACUUCAUUGACCCAAUCAACUAUGAUGAAAAUUGAAAGGGAAGCCGUAUGCUCGACGGCCUUUCUAGCGAGGCUUUCUUGGACUGCCAUGUGAUUUGAGCCAGGUGGGGGGCUGAUGUGG